AAAAAAAAAUGGCGGUCACAUUAAUCUAUUUUAUUGCUGAAAUUUUGUUACCAUUUAUAUUCUUUUUAUUUGUUUGGUGUUUCAGAAACAUCAAUGGUCUGCCAUGGAAUUGGCCGGUGGUCGGAAUGCUGCCCAGCUUGUUCUGCCACCUCCACCGCGUCCACCACCGGUGUGUCGAUAUUCUAAAGCUCGCCGGAGGAACUUUCCACUUAAAGGGACCCUCGUUUGCGAAUAGCGACAUCAUCAUCACCGCGGACCCCGCCAACAUCCACUUCAUCAUGAGCUCGAACUUUGCAAACUUCCCGAAAGGGCCCCACUUCAAGGAGAUCUUUGACGUGUUGGGAGACGGGAUCUUCAAUGCCGACUCCGACUCGUGGGCCCGCCAGAGGAAGCAAGCGCGGGCGCUGAUCACCCACGACAGCUUCCGUCGGUUCUUGAUCAGGACAACCUCGGAGAAAGUUAGGCACAGCCUUAUUCCGGUUCUCGAACAAGUUUGUAAUAAUAGUCGUGGCAUUGUUGUCGAUUUGCAAGAUUUGUUCCAACGGUUCACAUUCGAUACCACUUGUGUAUUGGUCACCGGUUACGAUCCGGGUUGCCUGUCGGUUGGUUUACCGGAUGUUCCAUUUUCGAGGGCUUUGGACGAGGCCGAGGAAGCUAUAUUCAUGCGGCACUGCUUGCCGGAGAGCCUCUGGAAGCUCCAGAGGUUCCUAGGGUUCGGGCACGAAAAGCAAUUGAGUCGAGCUCGAGUUGUGUUGGACAGUGUCAUCGAAAAAUACAUCUCCGCAAAGCGCGAAGAAAUCAUGGCCGGAAAAUCCGGCGGGCCCCACGAAUUAGGUCAAGAGAACGAUCUAGACUUAUUGUCGUCGUACAUCAACGAAUCGGAAAACGACAACGAUAGUUCUUUAAGGGACACAAUACUAAAUUUCAUGAUCGCCGGACGCGACACGACCAGUUCGGCACUGACGUGGUUCGUCUGGCUCGUUUCUACUCAUCCGGAGGUUGAGAAGAAGAUCCGGGACGAGCUAAACUCCGUUAUUCCAGAAGAUUCUAGAACAAAGUUGAGGUUGUUCGAGGCGGACGAGGUACGUAACCUAGUUUACCUGCAUGCCGCCCUCUGCGAGUCGUUGAGGCUAUAUCCGCCGGUGCCCUUCCAGCACAAGGCACCGGCCCGGCCCGUGGUUCUUCCGAGCGGUCACUAUGCGGGCCCGGAGAUGAAACUUCUGUUCUCGUUAUACGCAAUGGGGAGAAUGGAGUAUAUUUGGGGGAAGGAUUCGGGAGAAUUCAAACCGGAGAGAUGGAUUACGGAACGGGGGACGGUCAAACACGAGCCGUCGUAUAAGUUCUUGGCUUUCAAUGCAGGGCCAAGAACUUGUCUAGGCAAAGAAGUUGCCUUCACUCAAUUGAAAUGUGUGGCUGCUGCUAUAAUACACAAUUAUCAGAUUGAGGUGGUGGAGGGGCAUAAUGUAAGCCCUAAUGUUUCUAUUAUUCUAUAUAUGAAGUAUGGUUUGAAAGUUAGGGUUACCAAGAGAUUGGAUUGAAAUUUCUGCUCCAAUUUUUUUUUUAAAUUUUAUUAAUUACUAUUUUAUUUAUGUUAAUGUUUUCAAUUGAUUAAUAUAUGUGAUGUUGUGAUAUUGGAAGCGUUCAAUUUGAAUAUUUAUUAUUAAUUUUACAUUGAAAUUU